CCCAUCCCAUCCCAAUAUAUAUAAAGAAAGGACAAGCGUGAAACCCACUCUGUUGAAAUCUCUUCCUUUUCUUUCUGUUUUUGAGAACAGUUGAGUCUCUCUCUCGCUUAACACACACAGGAGAGAGAAGAGAAAAGAGAGAGAGGACCAUCAAUGUUACAAUGAGGUCCACUUUUCUUUUCUCUUUUGUAUAAUGAUCAAGGCUCUAAAACCUCGUCUUCUUGGAAGAAGAUGGCUAUACAGCAAAACCAUUCUUUUCUAUUAGAAGAUUCUCUGUACUGUGAGGAAGAACAAUGGGAGGAGGAGGAGGAGGAGGAAGUUGUUGUAGGAAUAGAGAGCUUAGGAGAGGAGAGAGAAAGUGAUAAUAAUCUCUCUCUUUUCCAUCUGUUGGUAUUGGAACAGGACCUGUUUUGGGAAGAUGAAGAGCUUCUCUCUCUCUUCUCCAAAGAACAAGAGAUUCAUCUUCUCAACCUUGAUGACAACAAUGGCACCGCAGACUCUGCAAUCUCUGUGGCUCGCAUGGAGGCUGUGGAAUGGAUGUUGAAAGUCAAUGCUCAUUAUGGGUUCACAGCUCUCACUGCAAUUCUUGCCAUUAAUUAUCUAGAUAGGUUUCUUUCUAGCCUCCAUUUUCAGAGAGAUAAGCCAUGGAUGAUCCAACUUGCAGCUGUCACCUGUCUCUCUUUGGCUGCAAAAGUUGAAGAAACCCAAGUCCCUCUCCUCUUGGAUCUCCAAGUGGAGGACACAAAGUAUGUGUUUGAGGCCAAAACUAUACAGAGAAUGGAGCUAUUGGUGUUGUCAACACUACAAUGGAGGAUGAACCCAGUGACACCACUCUCAUUCCUCGAUCACAUCAUAAGGAGGCUUGGACUGAAAACCCACCUCCACUGGGAGUUUCUCCGGCGAUGUGAGCGCCUCCUCCUCUCUGUUGUCGCUGAUUCGAGAUUUGUGGGUUAUCUGCCAUCUGUAUUGGCUGCUGCAACAAUGCUUCACGUUAUCCACCAAGUUGAUCCUUGCAAUUCCACUGAGUAUCAAAACCAGCUUCUGGGUGUUCUCAAUCUCAACAGGGAGAAAGUGAAGGACUGCUAUGAACUAAUAGGAGAGCUAGCAAGCAAUACUAGUUGUUGUUUCAAUGGCCAACAAAACAACCCUCACAAGCGCAAGUAUCAACAAAUCCCAAGCAGCCCUAGCAAUGUGAUUGAUGCAUCUUUCAGCUCUGAUAGCUCAAAUGACUCAUGGGCUGUUGUUUCUUCUUCACCAGAGCCACUCUUCAAGAAGAGCAGAGCCCAAGAACAGCCUAUGCAUGUGCCAUCUCUCAACAGGAUACUAUUUGUGGACAUUGUUGGCAGCCCUCGUUAAUCUCUCUCUUCUCUUUCUAAAAACUCUAUAUUUAUUAUGUUUGUUAUGUCCCUUUUGGCCCUAGUUCUCUCUCUCUCUCUCUCUCUCUCUCUCUCUCUCUCUCUCUCUCUCUCUCUCUCCAUUCAUUUGUGAUAUACAUGGGAAGAUGAAAGCAGGGUUGAUGGUUGCAGAGAUGGAAAGGAGAGAGAAAGAGGGAGAGAGAAAAAAAAAAGAAAAAAAAAGUAAAGACAGAAGCAAUGAAGAAUAUCUGCCCACUUUGUUUCUCUAUAUGUAUGUUUUAUGGGUUGUCUCUCUCUUUUUAUGUCAA